AUGACUAACGCAUACCUGCAUGAGCUCACAUAUCCAAUGYCGAGGCCACGCCAGGAAUUGCUCCUCUUCAACAAAGCGAGGAGCCCUAAGACAAUUCCGACAAAGAAGCCAACAUUAUGUCAAGUGGUGUUGCCGUAUUGCAAAGGCUACUGCGACAUCUCCUCCUUGCAUGGCGUACGCUAUCUGACCAAACCAAAACUUUACUAGUCUCUUAGCAUCAUCUGGYUGCUGCUGUUGAUCGCCACCACCUGCGGCUGCCUGUAUGUUUACGAUGAUUUAGCCGAUUUGUACUAUUCGCAACGCAUUCAAACGAUUGUCGAGGACUCCGUUUCGCCCAUCUUCACUAAGCCAUUCCCGGCGRUUGGCAUAUGUCCACGCAAYCGCAUCAAYUGGCCGAAACUUAUGGAGGCACAUGAAGUAUUUCUCGCACGAAAUGCCACCGACGAAGCUGUACAGACAUUUCGUCGCUUCUUCGCCAUAAUGGGCGAUUUYAGCUUUGGCAAUUUUAACGACUUGCGGCGGCUGUAUCGACUUGAUUUGAAUCUGACACUGCUGGACGAUCUGGACAUAAUGGAGGUAAUGCGUUAUGUUGGCUUCACAUGCAAUGAGCUGUUCGUGCAGCCUUGCCAUUGGCGGCGCAAUGCAUACAAUUGCUGCGAUCUAUUUUCGAUGGAACGUACGGAAUAUGGAUUUUGUUUUGUCUUCAAUUCGGUAGUCACAACACGKGGGCGCGAGCGAAUGCUUAACGACCGUUAUUAUCCGUAUCACAACGCAAAGACCAACGAGUUAUCUGGUUUGGAUGUUGUCAUAAAUCUUGACGAGACUAAGCAACCGCCAAAUUUUACUUACACAAAUGGAAUCUAUGUUAUGGUAAAACAGCCGGAACAAUGGCAYAGUGAUCCGCGCUUUAUCAAGCCUAAUACAUACACAAAAAUACCGGUAAUACCACAAUUCACCUUAACUGACGAAAGAACUCGUGCGGUGGGACCAGARGAACGGCGCUGCUUCUUCCAGAACGAAAAUGAUCAUCCUCUUUACAAGAAAAUCCCAGGUUUGGAAUAUCGACGUGGCAACUGUUUCACACGCUGUCAUCAGGAAUAUGUUUUCAAGCUAUGCAAAUGCAAUUUGCGAGUGUUCUUUCCACAGGAUGCAAGUGAAGUUUUCAACACCGACAAUCUCGUGGCGGAAAGCCAGUAUGUUGAGGAAGUGUCCAAUCACACAAUGAUUUGUAACUGUUUGAAUAACUGCCAACAGAUGAUAUACGUCACCAAUUACAUAAGUAUGCCGCUAGAAGACAUUAAUGCCAUAAAGGAGGUAAAGAAGGUACACCUGGAUGUGCACUACGCCUCCAACUAUAUGAUGAGCUACAGCACACGAAUCCGUUACACUUUCGUCGAGUUGCUAGCUAACUUCGGYGGCAUUAUGGGCCUUUUUCUGGGCGCCUCGCUGAUGAGUGGCGUUGAGCUCUUCUACUACUUCACCAUUGGCCUUUAUACAUAUCUGCGUCAGCGCGGCUAUAUUUCCCCUGGAUUCAAUUUCUCUUUAAACAGCAGMAUAAAUUUUGCGAGUUUAAAGCAUAAAAAGAUGUUGAAGAAACGCAAACGAUUUAUUUAUAAUAUGAGACAUUGA